CGCGAAAUAAUUAAAUUCUUAGCAUUUUACAUUUAUAUUGUAGUUAAACAUAUAUAUAUUUAGGCAAAAUAUUAUUAUGAUUUAAGUGAAGUGGCAUGCUGAAUUGGUGAAGAAAUUUAGUAAGAAGCGAUCUCAAAUGCUGCUUGCAACUGUUGAAAUUGAGCUCGACAACGGAGGAAACAGCGUACUGACAUCUCGACGUUGGAGUUGAAGAUCUAAAUCCACGGCCAGAACGUCUACUUCGACAGCUCGCGAUAACGCAUCCGCAAUUAUGUUCAGCUUCCCCUUCCGGUACUCCAGAGUGAAAUCAUGCUGUUGCAGCUUGAGCGCCCAUCUUGCAAGACGCGCGGAGUUCCCCUCAACGCUAAUCUGGUUCAGCCAUCGCAAUGACUGCGCAUCGGUGACUACGCGGAACCUGGUUCCCUCGACAAAAUGGCGAAACUUCUCUAUGGCGAGGAUAACGGCGAGGCAUUCCCGUUCUGUUGCGGAGUACUUCAUCUGUGUGGCCGAGAAUUUGCGGGAAAAAAAUGCGAUUGGUCGGCGUAUUCCUUCUUGAUACUGGACCAAAACAGCUCCGGCUGCGACCGCUGAAGCAUCGGACUCGAUGACGAACUGCUGAUUAAAGUCCGGAUUGGCCAGCACCGGGGGUGAAGUAUGACCGAUUAAUUCAACCGAAUACACGACGAUGGAUAAAUUAUUCCAGCGAAUUUCUAACGUAUCCCAAUUCGACGAUUUCAACCAAAAACCAAAUAGCUCCUGAAAAUAGAAUCAAUGGUGACUGAGUUAUGAAAGUACAAAUUGUUAGUGGUUGUGAAUUGAAGGUGCAAAAAUCAAAAAUUAGCGGAAGUUAAUAUAUCUAAAAAAAUGGAAAGGACGCAUUAAGAUUGUUGUGACCGAUUACAAAAUGCUCAGUGCAACAUCAACGAAUGCAACAGAACCAUCGACAAUGCAAGUCGUGAACGAAAGCUUCCUAUCUGUGAUAAAUAACGGCACCAAUGUGUUAGAUCACUCGAGCAUAUCUCUAAAUAGUGCAUCGCUUAACCAUAGUGAAAUUGAAUGGUCUAUCGACAAUGCAUCAAUUUUCUUCGGUCCCAAGAGAGAUCCACUGUACGUGGUCAUCCCGAUGACAAUAAUUUAUGUGCUGAUUUUUAUCACUGGAGUAAUUGGUAACAUCAGCACAUGCAUCGUGAUAUCGAAAAACAAAUCAAUGCACACGGCAACCAAUUACUACUUGUUCAGUUUGGCGGUUUCUGACUUUUUGCUGCUAAUAUCCGGUGUGCCACAGGAAAUUUACUUUAUCUGGAGCAAAUACCCCUACAUAUUCGGAGAAUUGUUCUGUGUUGCAAGGGGGAUCGCAGCGGAAACAUCGGCUAAUGCCACUGUGCUCACAAUUACGGCCUUCACCAUUGAAAGAUACGUGGCCAUUUGUCAUCCAUUCCUCUCGCACACAAUGUCGAAACUUUCCCGGGCUAUCCGGUUUAUUUUCGCUAUUUGGCUGGUAGCCAUCAUAUCCGCCGUGCCCCAGGCGCUACAAUUCGGCGUAACCAAUCAGUCGGGGGUGGAUCAAUGUGUGGUGAAGCGAAUAAUUAUUCAGCACUCUUUCGAGUUAUCGACGUUUCUAUUUUUCUUCGCUCCCAUGACGCUGAUUACGGUUCUCUACGCUUUGAUUGGAUUGAAGCUGCGGUCUUCCACGCUGAUGCAACGGGAUGGCACGCUGCAGAGGAGGAGUAACGCAUGUCCCAACGCCCGGCAGCAAGGCACUAGCCAAGGAACGAGACGCGUCCUGAAGAUGCUGAUUGCAGUGGUGGUUGCAUUCUUCAUCUGCUGGGCACCAUUCCACGCACAACGGCUGGUCUACAUUUACGGUGUCGACAAGGACCAUCAGCCCACCGAUCCGCUGGUGCUGAAGUUGUUCGUGAUUACCACUUACAUCUCCGGCAUAUUGUACUACCUGUCCACCUGCAUCAACCCGCUGCUCUACAACAUCAUGAGCAACAAAUUUCGCCAAGCUUUCAAGGAGACGCUGGCCCGAGGCUGUCAAAUUUCGCGUAAAUCACGCAGUAAAGAGCGAUCAUACCGAAUACUGUCCCGAAGGGAGCGACGUCCAGUUGCAAACAAGGAGUCUUCUGAAUUCUCAGGCAAUUCCGUCAAGGAUGACAGCAUAUACUCGUCCUCUACUCAGAAACAAUCCAUCGAUUCCAUAGCACUGUCACGAGGCCACUCUGUGAAGCGUUUCCAGUCGGAUCGAUUAGCGGAAUGUGACAAAACGGCCGUCGCCCCGCAGAUGUUCACGUCGAAAGUGAUGAUGACGUCCUCGGCCCACUUGAAUCUCUACACACAGGAGCAGGAGCUGUGUCUCAAUAUAUAUCCUUCUAAUAAUUCGCUGUCGCGGUCCACGGAAAAUUUGUCUCGCAUAAGCAUACAGUUGAAUCGAUUGUCCUCUGAUGAAACGAAGCUUCACAGCCUCCAACGAAGCCACAUGUGUGCCACGCCACGUUCAUCGUCGUCUACGUCGUGCCAGACGAGCAAACAAGGAGCAACUUAUGGAGGCGUUUCGUUGGAUGACGAACUGGAACAGGCUAACAUGCGUACCCAACCACUGAAUGAAGUCACCAAUCUAGAUCUAAUUUGUAGUCAGCAGGGCGAAAUACAAAUUUUUAUUAAACGUAAAAAUCGACACCAGGAAAACCGUUUGAAGCUGUGGCGCUAUCUGCAUCGUAUGUCACCGUUGAAGGGUAAACAAAGCCACCACAAUCGGCACCCAACGGCAGUUCAUUUUUACAGCCCCGUGCUGUUCAGUCAGAAAGAAAGUGCGGAGGGAGAGCAGCACUCAAAAAUGUCACCGACAGCAGCAAAUGUGCUCCCAAUAGAUUGUGGUAUGCCAGCCUCUGAAAGCCAGGAAGAUGACCUCGAGGCAUACAUGAAAGAGAUAAAGCUCAGAGAGAAUCAAAACGGCUCGGUCCCAUAAGCCAUUUGUAAGUCGUUUCCCCAGAAGGACGAAAAAACUGUUCAGGUGAUGUAGUACCUUAGACUGACAAGGUUUCACAAUUGUGGGUUUUACCAUACUGAGGUGUGUAAAGAAUAAAAAGUAAGCUAAGUAGUAAGGGAAACCCCCAUAAAAAAAGGUUGUUAAUGGAAAAACACAACGACAAAUCGAUCUUUUGGUUUUAAAUUAAUGCAUACCUUUGUUUCAAAGAGAUCGGUAUAUGAGUCGGCGUAACUUACCUGCAUGUAUAAGCGUGUUCAAGAGUUUUAAAAGUAUUGCUAAAUAAAAUAAUGAAUGCAUAUUCCGGUCAAUGUAAAAUACUACAGUCUACCAAUAACAUGUCAGUCAUCGAGAUGACUUUUAUAACAGAAAAUUGCGAUAAAACAUUGAAUUACACAAGUGCCGAUAUUUUCAGCAACCUUUAUAGGCCAUUCGUAUAAUCAAGAACAUACUACAUGAAAACAUUUCUUGGAAUUAUUGCGGAUUCAUCUAAAAAGUUUGAUUACAGAGGCCAGAGAGUAAUAAUUGACUAGUUAAAGCUAAAUACGUGAUGAAAUUAUAACAUAAAUAAAAAAUCACGAAAAUAAAUUUAAAAAAAUGUAGUUUAUAACCUUGACCAGUGAGACCAUGCUGAAAAGAAAUAUAUACAAUCAAUUCAUGCGGAAGUAUGUUGCUCGAGUUACAUUUUUUGCCGUUUUUUAUGUGAAUUUUGAUUUUUAAAUCAGUUCUGUACUCAGCACAUUUCACAAAAUUGCAAAACAAUAAAUGCGACUCUGAGGGACGAUUGGUGUUAACAGUUAAGAUGAUCACUUGUCAU